UUCCAGAUUGUCUCAUUAAUGGAGGAAUUGAAAUUAUGUGAAAAUAACAUGUUUGACUGCAAGAAGCAGAUAGCAGAUACUGAGAGCCGACUGAAACAACAGCAGAAUUUAUAUGAGGCUGUUAAAAAUGAUAGAAAUCUCUACAGUAAAAGCCUUGUUGAGGCACAGGAUGAAAUCACAGAGCUUCAGAGAAAAUUGAAAAUCCUUAGCCACCAGCUAGAACAACUGAAGGAGGAAGUAGGAAGUCAAGAAGUGGUCCUAUCUAAACAACACACAGACCUUCAGCGAGCAGAAAGAGAACGAGAUCUUCUUCAGGAGGAGCUUCAGCAUCAACGACAGCUUGUAACAGAUAUUCGCUCUCAGCUGAAACAUCAAGAAAAUGAGAAGCACAAACUUCAUCAAAUCAUCAGUGAAGCAGAUCAAGAAAAAUUACACCUGAAGAAAGAUCUUGACCAAGUGAUCAGUGAGAGAGAUGUCUUGGGAACACAGCUAGUGAGAAGGAAUGAUGAAUUGGCACUUUUGUAUGAAAAACUUCGUAUCCAACAGUCCACACUAGCCAGGGGAGAACAGCAAUAUAAACAAAGGCUAGAUGAUAUUAGGCUGUUGAAAUUAGAAAUCCGACGUUUACGCAGAGAGAGUGGAAACCUUAGUCGAUAUGCCUUCAGCAUAGAUGAAGUACGCCGACAACUGCUUCAAAGUGAAAAAGAACUCCUGAGAGAGCGUAUAAAAUGUAAAGCAUUAGAAGAAGAACUUCAAAACCCAUUAAAUAUACACAGAUGGAGGCAGUUAGAGGGCUCUGACCCAGGAAAGUAUGAACUCAUUCAGAAAAUUCAGGCUCUACAAAAACGUUUGAUUUCCAAAACUCAGGAAGUAGUAGAAAAAGAAGCUCAACUUCACGAAAAAGACUGUCUUUAUCUGGAACUUAAACAUGUUCUCUCUCGUCAGCCAGGUCCAGAAAUGGUACAACAACUGCGGCAGUGUCAUAAUCAGUUGAAGGAAAAAAACCGCAAGCUAAAGAGUAUGGCUUCUGAACUGAACAUGUAUGAAUCAAAAAUAGCACAAAACAAGUUAGAAAUGGAGAGGUUAACAAAAGAACUUGCAGAUAUUAAAAAGAAGUAUUUCAGCCAGAAGAAGAAGGAACAGCAAACCAGGGAAAGAGAAAAUAAAGAAGAAAGGCACCAUACAGAAAUCAUUCCAGUACAGGGUGGUGUUCCAAAAUAUUUGGGAGGAGGUUUUAAAAUUCAAACAUCUACACACCUGGCUUCCUGAACUGAGUCAUCAUACCAAAAAUUCUUCCAAAAAAGUGUCUUUCCAGAAAUGCUAAUAUUGAGCAUUCUUUCAAUGACAUUAUAAAAUUCUUUAAUUGUAAAAUAUAUACUUGACUUAUCUCAGGUGUGAUAAUACCAGUUAUAGAUCUUUACAUGAUAAGGUAUCAAAUAGUGUAAUCUUACUGUUGGAAGAUCAGGAGAUAUGCUUCCUCAAAAUAUUCAAGUUAAAAGACAACAUGUGAAAUGUUUAUUUAUUUAACAAAACACCCAGUGUAAUUAAUGGUGGUUAGAGGAGUCUUAUGUACAUGUAAUAUAACACUGUUGUUCAAAACAUCAGUUUUAAAAAGUAUUACAAUGUUUCUAGAAUACACAUAUUUUAUAAUGUUUA